AAUUCGCCGCAUUCAGCAGAGAGUCAGCUACUAAGCAGUCAAACUUCCCCGAAGCACGUGUAAAUGUUUUGAUUACAUUGACUGCAGGGAUUCUACCUCUCAAGUCUCCCUAAAAGUAAAUUUAGUGGUUGAAAUGGGUAAUCUAGCCAAAGAGUUAGCAAAAUGCAAACAUCCAAACAGUCGCAAAACAAAAGCAUUGGCCAAGAAGGCAAAGCGAAUGAACAACAAACACAGAAAUCAGUUUGGACAUGCGAUUAAAUCGAAUAUCCUAGGCGAGAAACUUUCUUGGUUCCUGCCUCACGUGGAGGAUAGAACGACUCCUUUGACUCCCAGGGAGUUCAGGCAACUAAUUGAAACCUACCUGCAGCGUUUCGAUGAGGAAAUCGAACAAAUCAAAUUGAAACAGUCGAUCAGCAAAAACCGCGCCAACCAACACGUAUCCCGCCUGAACGUGAUAAAAUUCACAUUAGAGCGGGAAAAGGAUGAGUUUAACGGCGGUGGACUAGAACUCCUCAAUUUAUGCGACAUGGAGAAACUGAAGUCACUUCAACAAUGGGACGGGAACGCGAUUAAUGUGCAGCAUUUCAAAUUAGAUUUGAUUUCACGCCACUUCCUGAGCAAACUAGAAAAGGAGCAGAAAAAAAGUGAUCCAACUCUUAGUUCUGUUCAACUUACGAAUGAUGCGCAAAGUGCGAAUGACGUAGAACAAGAGAAUGUUAAAGAAAAGAAGGAGGAAGCAAUGUUAUGUGAUUAGAUUUAGCAUUAGUUGUUUGGUUUGGAACGCCAAAUGUAAAUAAAAAUAUUUUUGGA